GGAGCGCGCGCCGGGUCGGCGCCUCAGGCGAAGAUGGAGACCUCGGUGCUGAAUCUGCGGAAUCUGUUUGACCAGCUCGUGUGCCAGGUCGACGUCCUGAGUGAACGGAACGAGUAUCAAUUCGCUCAGUUAGCGAGGAACUUUGAAGAGUUUCGGAAAAAAUCCCAGAAAACGGAGCAUGAGCUUGCCAAGUACAAGGAUCUCCUAAUGAAGACGGAAACGGAGCGCAACGCGUUGGAGGUGAAGCUGAAACACGCCCGCAACCAAGUGGACGUGGAGAUCAAGCGGAGGCAAAAGGCUGAAGUGGACUGCGAGAAGCUGGAGCGCCAAAUGCAGCUGAUCCGAGAUCUGCUCAUGUGUGAUGUGACCGGCAGCAUCCAGCUCAGCGAGGAGCAGAAGUCUGCGCUCGCCUUCCUGAACAGGCCCCAGGUCUCCGCAGGGAGCUCRGGGAACAAGAGGCUGUCUACAAUUGAUGAAUCUGGCUCAAUUUUGUCAGACAUCAGCUUUGACAAGACUGAUGAGUCACUGGACUGGGACUCCUCUGUGGUGAAAUCGGUGAGGCUGAAGAAGAGAGAAAAGCGGCGCUCCUCCCGGCAGUUCAUUGAAGGCCCCCCCGGACCCCUGAAGAAAACACGAUCAAUUGGCUCCACGGUGGAGCAGGGAAAUGAGUCCAUAGUGGCAAAGACGACUCUCACCGUCCCCAGUGAUGGUGGCCCCAUUGAAGCCGUCUCCACUAUCCAGACGGUGCCUUACAACCUCAGGAACCAGAGGAAGGAUACCCUCCAGCCUUGGAGCAGCAACUCCAGCUUGGGCAGCAGGCAGCUGCAGGCCAAGUCGGAGAGCGAUGGCUCCAGCACUCCGCAGGGCACGGGCGGCGUGAGGCUGCACGAGUUCGUCUCAAAAACGGUUAUCAAACCAGAAUCGUGUGUUCCCUGCGGAAAGCGGAUCAAGUUUGGAAAACUGUCUCUAAAAUGCAGAGACUGCCGCGUGGUGACUCACCCGGAGUGUCGGGACCGCUGUCCCCUUCCCUGCAUCCCCAUCUUGGCAGGCACUCCCGUCCGGAUCGGGGAGGGGACCUUGAUGGACUUUGUCCCUACUACUCAUCCAAUGAUCCCUUCCAUCAUAGUGCACUGCGUUAAUGAGAUUGAACAGCGAGGGCUGCGUGAGACGGGCCUCUACCGCGUGUCUGGCUGCGACAAGACCGUGAAGGAGCUGAAGGAGAAGUUCCUGAGGGCCAAGAGCGUGCCUUUGCUCAGCAAAGUGGACGACAUCCACGCCAUCUGCGGCCUUCUGAAGGACUUCCUGCGCAACCUGAAGGAACCCUUGCUCACCUUCCGCUUAAACAAGACCUUUAUGGAAGCUGCAGAAAUCUCUGAUGAUGACAACAGCAUUGCCGCUAUGUACCAAGCGAUCGGGGAGCUCCCGCAGGCCAACAGGGACACUCUGGCUUUCCUCAUGAUCCAUCUGCAGAGAGUGGCUCAGAGCCCCGAGACCAAAAUGGACAUUGCCAACUUGGCCAAAGUCUUUGGCCCCACAAUCGUCGCCCACGCRGUGCCCGACCCCGACCCGCUGACGAUCCUGCAGGACACGAAGCGGCAGCCCAAGGUGGUGGAGCGGCUGCUGCUGCUGCCCCUGGAGUACUGGAGCCAGUUCAUGGUGGCGGAGCAGGAGAACGUCAUCGAGAACACGGCCGCCUUCUCCGCUCCCCAGACGCCCGACUUCAAAGUGAGCAUCCUGGGCCCCCUCACCACCCCCGAGCACCAGCUCUCCAAGACGCCCUCGUCCAGCUCCCUGUCCCAGAGGGUCCGCUCCACCUUCGGCAGAACCACCCCCAAAUUUGGGAGCAAAAGCAGCUCCGCCACCCAGCUCAGCCGCCAAGGCCACUUCUUUGCCUCCCCGGUGCUGAAGUGAAGYGGAGCGGAGCCUGCAGCGUUGCUUUUAACUUUGCACAGCGCGAGGCCGGGCUGCCGUCGCGCCGCRCGGCCGCCUCCUCGCGGGCUCUG